AUGAGAUACGAUCUUUACCUUUGUAUUCUAGUGGUACAAUUUUUUUUCCAAGUUAUCCAUGCGCAAAGCGGUGAUUCUAGUAAUAACGGGGCGAUCCAUGAAAGUAGCGGUUGUGCUUUCACCUCUUCAGCCACCGGGAAUGGGUUUUUGGCAAGAUUCUACAAUUAUACUUUGGGAGCUGCUUACAGUAAGACCUAUCUUGAAAGCGGCUAUGCCACUUAUGGGAAAUCUUUGGGAUCCGUCAGCGGUGUUACCAGUGUUAAUUUUCAAUAUCUGGGUUUAACCAAUGGUCCCCUCACCAGAACCAUAUAUGGCAAAUCCAUUACCGUGACGAACUUCACUUUGAUGCUCACUGGUUACUUCUACGCCAGCGAAAGUGGUUACUAUAAGUUCCUGUUGACGAAUUCUGAUGAUGCUGCUCUAUUUUAUGCGGCUUCCGCUUCAGCCUUUGACUGUUGUGGUAGUACCUCCCUUUCUUCUAGUGCAAAUUUGGAUGAUGUAUCCAUUUACACCUAUUAUACCGGUCCUAAUGGUUAUAGGCAGAUUUAUUUGGAAAAGGGCUAUUUUUAUCCUGUUAGACUUGCUUACCUCAACAUGCAAGGGAACUUGAAUUUGAAUUUUGGUGUCACCUACCCAUCUGGUGCCUACGUCAAUUCAUUCUCUGGUAUUGUGUACCAGUUUGAUACCAGCUCUACAGUGCUAACCCAUCAGCACCAGUUAUUGUAA